AUGCCUCAAAUAUUAUCUCAAAAAUUUUACCUGGAGGCGUGGGGUAGAUUUUUUGGUUGCGUCCAGCGACUCUGCAAAAGUAGAAACACUUUUGACGAAAACGAGCCUCGUCGUGUACGAGGAAGAAGAGGUGCCCAAGAUCUUGAAGGACCAUCUGGAUCAGAAGAUGGAAUUUUACCAGUUCCAGUCAGUCCAAGUCCUGCCUCAACAUCAUCGCAGGAAGAUUCAUGCAAACCACCACCCAGAAAUUGUUACCGUCUCAUUGUCCUUGGUUCCGCAAGAGUUGGAAAAACUGCCCUUGUAGCACGAUUUUUGUCAAAUAAAUUUGAGGAAAGUUAUACACCUACAAUUGAAGAUUUUCAUAGAAAAUUGUACCGAAUAAGAGGUGAAGUUCAUCAACUUGAUUUACUUGAUACCAGUGGUAACCAUCCAUUUCCUGCGAUGAGACGACUCUCUUUUUUAACAGGUGAUUUGUUUGUGGUGGUAUUUAGUAUGGACAGUCGUGAAUCAUUUGAAGAGGCAAUUAGAUUACGUGAAGCAAUAUUAGAAACAAAAAUAACAGCAACACAAAGUGCUAAAGGAAGAAAAAGUCACAGCAUUAAAGUACCAAUGGUCAUUGUUGGUAAUAAAUGUGAUCGUGAUACAAAGCUUGUUACGAUUGAAGAGGCACAACAAUAUUGUUCUGGUCAAGAUGAGUGUUGUGUAUUUGUUGAAGUAUCAGCUAAACGAAAUUAUCAUGUUGAUGAAUUAUUUUAUCAACUAUUUGUUGUUGCUGGUUUACCACUUGAAAUGGCACCCAAUCAUCAUAGAAAAGUUCCACUUACAUUUGGAUCACCAACAAUGCUGCCACCCUCUCAGCCAAGACACAAAGCAACAUUGAGUAUUAAAAGACGUUUAAGUGAUGCAUGUGGUGUUGUUGCACCAAAUGUUAGAAGACCAAGUAUAAGAACAGACUUGAUGAUAAUGAGGACCAAAACAUGUUCCCUUGGUGCUGGAAAUGAUAAUACAACACCGGGUUCACGUAUAACACUAAGAUCAUCUGAUCCAAACAAAAACUGCACAAUACAGUGAUAAAUAUAAUUUAAUAAUUAAUAAUAA